AUGUCGGGUAAAAUGUCUCCUAUCGUACAGGAAGUUCCCCCUGACUCCCCUGUCGAACAAGUCACCCAGACAAAGAAUGAUGAUGUCUUGUGGUGCAGGAUUAGACACACCCUUCGGGAACCCUUUGCAGAGUUCUUUGGAGUCUUCGUUCUGAUUCUCUUCGGAAAUGGCUCCGUAGCCCAGGUGGUGCUGAGCAAGGGUGAAAAGGGAGACUAUCAGUCUAUCUCCUGGGGCUGGGGGCUUGGCGUCAUGCUCGGGGUCUAUACUGCUGGGAUCUCUGGAGCCCAUUUGAACCCUGCUGUUACUUUCGCCAACUGCGUCUUCCGCAAGUUUCCCUGGAGGAAGUUCCCUAUCUAUACUAUUGCCCAAACUCUGGGUGCAUUCUGCGCCUCAGGGAUUGUUUAUGCCAAUUACAUCUCCGCAAUCGACGUUUUUGAAGGUGGCCCAGGUAUCCGGACUGUCGGUCUCAGCACGUCGUCCGCCGGGAUCUUUUGUACCUACCCAGCUCCAUUCAUGUCCCGGACAGGCCAAUUUUUCUCGGAGUUUAUUGCCAGCACCAUACUGAUGUUCUGCAUCUACGCCCUCCUGGAUGACCGGAAUAUGGGAGCUGGUAACCUGACCCCAUUGGGAUUAUUUUUCGUUAUCUUUGGCAUUGGAGCCUGCUUCGGAUGGGAAACUGGUUAUGCCAUCAAUCUUGCUCGUGAUUUCGGCCCGCGAGUGAUGUCCUACUUCCUUGGAUACGGGAAAGAAGUAUUUUCUGCUGGCAACUGGUACUUCUGGAUACCCAUGGUCUCGCCCUUCUUUGGAUGCUUGUUUGGUGGCUUUUUAUACGACGUGUUCCUUUACACCGGAGACAGCCCCAUCAAUACACCAUUCAUGGGACUAACACGAUUUUUACAGCCCACGCCACAGGUGUGGUCUAACACACGAUCAAAGGAAUACGUUUAA